AUGAGCUCAUUACCACCCCGAAUGCUGUUUGUAACUAUCGUACAUGCCAUAUUCUCCCAAUAUGGUGAUAUCAUGGGAGCUUGUUUCAAUUUGAUGAAUGUUCCAAUCAGAAGAAUGUUUAAUGAGAGCAUGCAAGAACAGUAUGGACCUCUUACAGACUCAUCAUUUGAACUUUUAUUCUCUGCUUGUGCUUCAUCUAUGUAUCUAGGACUGAUGAUUGGUUUCGGUUUAAUGGGCUAUAUGAUGGACAAGAUAGGAAGAAAAGAAACGGCCGUAACUAUAAGAGGACUUCUUGGAAUAACCGGAUCGAUCUGCAUGAUCCUUUCUAUGUUAUUCGGAAGACAUGAGCUCUUCGUUGUUGGUCAUAUAAUCGCGGGAAUUUGUACGGGGUUGAAGGUUGUUCUCAUCAUUUACGUAGCAGAAUGUAGUCCAGAUAGCAAAAGAGGUUUAACAAGUAUGGCUAUUAACUCUGGAGGUGUCUUGACUGUUAUGGUUAUUACUCCCCUUUGUUUGCCAGCUAUUUUUGGUAAUGAACAUGCCUGGGCUGCUUUACCGUUUAUCUCCGUUAUCAUGGCUAUCAUUCAUCUGUGUGUAGCUGGUAAAUUCCCUCAGAGUCCCAAACAGCUUUAUAUGAAGAAAAAUGACGAAGUAGCCGCCAGAGCAGCUAUACUAUUCUACUCAGGAGCUAAUGCUGAUAUCGAUCACAGCAUAUUGUUAAUGGACGAGGAGAAAGACAAAGAACCUGAACAAGCUGCUUCCAUUGUUGAUAUUUUACAAAAUAGAAAAUAUAGAUUCUCGUUCUUCUUGGUUCUUUUAGUCGCCUUCAUACCUGUGUUCUCUGCUUUAAAUGUCAAAAGCCAGUUCCUAAUCAGUAUGUUGAUGACAUAUGGACUGAGUCAGAGUGAAGCCACAACAGCUAUGCUAGUGAUCAGUGCUAUAUCUCUUCCAAUUUGUUUCAUCUCCCCAUUCUUAAUUCACAAAUUUGGAAGACGACCAAUCUUUGCCACAGUCACAAUCUUAUGUGCCUUGGAAUGGGUUGGGUUCGGUUUCGCCCAAAUCUUUGUUGACCUUCAUGCUGCUGAUUUGACGGUGUCGUGGAUCAGUGCUUGCUUAGCCUCUAUAUUAGGCCAAUCUGCUAUUAAUAUGGGUUUGCUCAUCAUGUCUCCUAUUCUUAUAUCAGAAAUAUGCCCUCAUCAUACAAGAGCAGCCAUAUCACAGCUGACUCAAGUCUUCCCAAUAGGAUUCGCUAUUGGAGAAGUCACCUUAUUUCCCGAAGUGCGUGAGAUGUUCGGAUCAUUUUUAUUCUUCUUCCUCGGCGCUACAUGUGCCGCUUUGGCAUUCUUACUCUUCAUUCUUAUGGGAGAGCCUUCCGCUAAUGGUCAUGGAGAAAGAAAGAAGCAUAAGAGACAUCAUCACCUUCAUCAUAGCGAUCAUUCUUCACUCAAAAGAGAUGAUACAUGGACAAGAACAUAUGGAACUCUUCUGGAUACUCCAGAAGACACAGAAUCUUCAGGAGAAUCUAUAAAUGCUUCCGAUUUAGUAUAUAAGCAACAAGAAAAAUUUUUUUAA